AUGUCUCCCCCACUUUGGUUCGAAGAGAAUCGUCGACUCAUCACCCAUAUAGCUGAAGAAUCAGAGAACAUCGUCACUCCACUGAGUAUUCGAGGAUUUUGUGCAGAAUAUCGGGAGAAAAAUGGAGAGACGAGUUCGGUGACUUGUUUGGCAAGAAGAAUCGAGCGAUUCCGUAAUAAAAUCCAUGAAUUGGACUGUUUCAAUACGGAAAUGAAGGUGAAGAUGUUGUUCGCAGUGGGUGCUUCAAUUGAUGAGCAGUACUUGAAAGAAUUGAGAAAAGAUGCAGUGGUGGAGUUGGACGAUCGAAACAGAAUUGUUCGAUAUGAGAGAGGCGGAGUCGCUAUACAGGGAAAGCAUCACUCUCAAAUAAAUCCGCAAUGUCUGGAACAGGACAGAAACAUCCUGAACGCGUUCGCCGAAUUCACGAAUCAUGUGAAUUUCCCGAUUCGAAUGUCUCAUUUCAUCAGACAUUUCAAAGCGACCACUGGCAGCCACAAAUGUGAAAAUUCUCUUAGGGAUCGAUUCAAUCAACUGAAGGCUCAUAUUCACGCGAAUACCGAAUACGAUACUCACACUAGAGCACGAAUGAUCUUCUUUUCGAGUACACCGGUUGAUGAGGAGUUUCUUGCGGAACUCCGCAACGAUGCGGUUGUUGAAGUGGACAGCGAGGGACGAAUCACAAGAUAUGAAACAUACGACGGAGUGAUCGAAUUUUAUGGAGAACAUCGUAAUUGGGGAACGAAAGGAAACAGAAUGUCGAGUGUCGGAUUGAUUCAACCGAAACGGGAAGUGGAAGAUGAUGAUAAUAGUGGAGAAGAGGAAGAGGAGGAGGUGGAAGUCAGCAGAAUGGUCAGAAAACGUGGAAGCCCACCAACCCCAGCACAUGGACCAGCGAAAAAACGGCGAUUCUCGACGCCAUACUGCCAUCAUCCCAUCCCAAUUUCCCCAUCCGAUUCAUUGACAGACGUCGUCGCAUUCGCAUCGAAUACGGAUCAUCUGCAUCCCCAACUGAAAGUGAAACUGGAAUUCGAUUCGAUGGGAAAUGUGGUGGAGAAGAAGGAAACAGGAGGAGAACCCAAUGAUAUCAAUUUCGACAUUGAGAUGUUUCAAAGAGAACCGAAUCGUGGAGAACAAGAGCUCCUCGAAUUCAAUGAAGAAAUGCAGCCGUUGGUGAUGAUUGAGGAUCGAAAUGAGAACGUGGAGUUAGUUGUGGAAGAGAUGGAUGAGAAUGUAUCCGAGAGAAGUGACGAAUCGAUGCUCCCGCAUUUGGAGAGUUCCGAUAACUCGGAGAUUGUUGAAGAACAAGACGACCAUCAACCCGAUAUGCAUACAAAUGGAAAGGAGAUACUCGAAAUGCUCCGUGGACUCACUCUCACUUUGGAUUCUCCGAUUCUCUCGAAUCUUCGUGAAAUGAUUGAAAGAGAGAUUGAAGUGUAUCAAUCUGGAGAUAUUAAAAUGCCCAUCAACUACAUCAUAAUGAGCCUUCGAAUCGCUCUCCGCGCAUUCUUGAACGACGCGAAACCGCGCGAGUUGACGGAGGCGUCGAUCAGUAUUCAUGGAUUCCUGAUGAUGCUCAGCUACGGACUCAUCAAUUUAAAUCGAUCGUAUCUGGAAGAGUUACAGCGAGAGGUUUCGGAUGCUAUCAAAAAUCUCAAUUUUCAGGAUAAGAUCAUAUCGCUGAAGACAUUCGAAACCGUCAUGACGACUGUCAUCAUAGCACUCUCGUCUGGAAUUCACUGA